AUGCAGGUGUCUUCCAAGGAUUGCGCCGCCCUGUCCGUCUACACCUUCACCUUCCUGCUGGGCCUCCCCGCCAACGUGCUGGUCCUGCUCGUGUAUGCGCGCAAGGCCUGCAAGCGUGGCGCCACACCCAACGUGGUCUACGCAAUCAACCUUUGCCUGGCCAACCUGGUGCUCGUGGCCUGGCUGCCCGUCAAGGCUCUGGAGACUUUGCUUCAGGACUGGAGGCUGCCAGCGCCCGUGUGCCCCGUCUACAGCUUCUUCCUCUUCUCCUCGCUGUACGGCAGCUGCCUGUUCAUCACCGCCGUGACGGUGGGGCGCUACCUCAGCAUCGCCUUCCCGAUUAUCUACAAGAGGUACCGCCGUGCUCGGAUCUCUUGCUUCAUCAGCGCUGCCUUGUGGUUCGUGGUGCUCCUCCACCUCAGUUUCUCCCUUGUGGCCGAAGGAGGGGCGAACUUUGUGUCCAUUAAGGACGACGCCUCAGCCUGCUACGACCACUUCAACGCCUCCCAGCUGGCUGUCCUGCUGCCCCUACGCCUGGAGAUGGCCAUCGUCUUCUUUUUUUUGCCCCUUGUCGUGACGUCCUUUUGUACGCUGCGCUGCGUCACGCUGGUGUGGCGCUCAAACUUGCGCCCCAUUGGAAAGAGGAGAGUCCUGACUGUUGCUCUCUCCACGCUGGCCGUGUUUGUGGUGUGCUAUGCGCCCUACAAUGCCUCGCACAUCGUGGGGUUUGUGUUGAAGGCAAACGUCGAGUGGAGGACGUACGCCAUGCUGACGAGCUCCUGUAAUGUUUUCCUGGAGCCUGUGGUCAUGCUGAUGCUGUCGCCAGCGGUGUCGAGGGGGAUCGCAGGAAGAAUCUGUGGCCGGCAAAGCCAACUGAGCCGGAUCGAGAGGAGUCGGCAUCGAUGCAACAGCACCAACGGUGCUGCAAAUGUCAGGGCGCCACACACGCUAUCUGAGAGGAGCCAGGCGGGGGCAGAGGUGACGAAAGAAAGUCAGGGGUGA